AUGGAUCUUAGGGAUAAGGUUGAUACUGCUGCGGUCAGGAGCCUGCGGCUAGACAUAAAGGACAGUAGGAACUCCUCCAAAUUAGCUACGCCCGUCGGAUAUUCACCUGUUUCUACCAAUUCCGAAGUUGACGAGCUGGAUUCUCUCAAUAAGGAUACACAGUAUCAGAUUGCUACAAUGCAGUAUUUAAAUGAAAUAUCGCCCAGGGGCUCCGACAUAAUCGUCUCUCCAUUGAGCCUGGGCUCUUCCGUCAAUAACUAUUUUGAGAGACAGCAUCAUAGGAAGAAGUCAGAGCCUACGGCGUGUAGCGCGGAUCAUGCGGAUGAACAUAAGAAGAUGAACCACAUAAUUCAGUGGUAUUGCUGCUCGUGUGGCAAAUCCUUUGGGGAUCUAACUGUAGCCCACGAGCUCAAAGACAAUAGAACAGAACUUUUAAACCACUUUCAAUCAGUCUCAAUACGGUAUGAUUGUGAUAGAUGCAAGCAUAUGAUGUGCCCUUAUUGUUUGAAGGGCAGAUUGAAAGAUUUGGUAUAA